AUUGUUUUUUUUUUAGUUCGUUCGAAAUUUUAGCGUGAGCGUGUUAUCGUCUUGUCGCAAUUUGAAUUUCUUAUUUUCAACUGCCCUUCGUUCCGUCGCUCUUUAAUCGAUAAAACCGCGAAACGCGCGUCAUAGUCGCGAGAUUCCUGCUGCCGAGGGCCCCCCAAAUGUUCCCGAAAAACUGGAGAGAGGCCGCGAACGUCGCGAGACAGAAUCGAAGCGACGGCACGUAUCGGGCUUCGCCUGCGAGAAAAAUCGACGGUCGCCCCCCGACAGUUUUGCGCGCGUCUUCGAACCGGCAAGUCGACGAGCGGUUUUCGGACACUACUUAUCGAAAUCGCGCCGAUUCACUGUUUUGUUACAAAAUGGCGUUCAACGGAGAUGGGCCCCACGCGAAAAGACAACGGACCGAUGCCGAGUCCGCAAAUAACAGGACCUUCAAUACAUCCACAGAUGAACCACGUAGAAAAAGGCCUGAUGAAACAAAGCCAAACCAUGUGUUGCUGUUUACUAUCAUCAACCCCAUGUAUCCUAUAACAGUGGACGUACUACACACCAUCUGUCAAUCCAGUGGACAGGUGCUUAGGAUAGUGAUUUUCAAGAAAAAUGGCGUGCAAGCCAUGGUCGAAUUUGACAAUAUAGAGUCAGCUAUUAGAGCUAAGGAUACCUUAAAUGGAGCAGACAUCUACUCGGGUUGCUGUACGCUCAAAAUCGACUUCGCCAAGCCAGAAAAAUUAAAUGUCCACAAAAACGAUUCAGAAAGCUGGGACUACACAGUUUCAUUAGUAAAAGAAAACACAAAUGGAAGGUCUCAGCCAUUGUUACAAGAACCGCAUUACGGGUCAAGACCCCAGCCCUACAGUAAGUACCCGUUUCCGUCGGACCCUCACCGAUUCGAUGAGCUGAGCGGCGGUGCCAUAGCACCAGGCGGGUUCCCGCCUCAUGAUGCGCCGCCCUUCGGACCUGGGGCAGUAGCCGCCGCUGCGGCGGCGGAUGUUUUUCGAAAGGGCGGCGCCGCACCACCCGCUGCAGCAGGUGCAGACUUCAGGGCGGCCGGAGAGGCGCCCCGUGCCAACCCAUUCCAGCAACCCGGAGCAGUGCUGAUGGUUUAUGGGCUGGACCCCUUGAGGACCAACGCCGAUAAAUUGUUCAAUUUGAUGUGCUUAUAUGGAAACGUAGCCAGAAUAAAGUUCCUGAAAUCCAAAGAAGGCACCGCAAUGGUUCAGAUGGGUGACAGUGUGGCUGUUGAAAGAUGCGUGCAAAACUUAAAUAACGUGGCCGUAGGACUUACAGGUGCCGCCCCCUUAUUGAAUCACCACCACAAAGAGAAUCAGGAAAAUACUACUGAUACACAGGCAAAAGAACACAAACUCCAACUGGCCUUCAGUAAACAGCCCUAUUUAAGUGAAGUUACGAACCCCUAUCCACUUCCGGACAAGUCACCGUCUUACAAGGAGUACUUGAACAACAAAAAUAAUAGAUUCAUGAACCCCGCCAUGGCGAGUAAAAAUAGGAUUCAACCACCCAGCAAAAUCCUUCAUUUCUUUAACACGCCGCCGCAAGUUACCGAAACAGAACUGAUCCAAGUGUUUAAAGACUACGACGUGACGCCUCCGAAAGCGGUUAAAUUGUUCCCCAUGAAGUCGGAACGAAGCAGUUCGGGCUUGUUGGAGUUUGAAACAACCACAGAAGCCGUGGCGGCCGUUAUGGCUUGUAAUCAUGCCGCCAUCGAAAGUCCUGGCACAAAAUUCCCCUUCAUAAUGAAACUGUGCUUCUCAUCGUCAAGAAGUAUGACGAUCCGAAACGGCGAUAACAACGCAAACGGAUCGGCCAAGAUGGACGAUCAGAAACCGGGAUCGAACUAGGAUCUAGCAAACAUUAUUUAGGGCGUAGCAGCUCCUUAAUAUUAUUUGUGGCAGUGUCUCCUGGAAGGGAGGCAAAAACUACUUUAUAUUAUUAUAAGUUCGUGUAUAUCUGUUUUCGUUGUUCAAUUAGUUCGUAACCGUCACACAAACACAUAUCCUUUCCAUGUUUUAAUGUUAUUAUUAUGCAUAUUUUAUAUAUGGUGGUUGAUUAUAUCGUACAGAGCGUUCAGUCGAAACUGGCCUAAAAAAUGACACGCGUGAUUAAAUAAUAUUGACAAAAGGAACGCUUUGUUUAGGGGUGUUACAAAAUUGUCUUAGAAAUUAAAAGUGCUCAAAGAAAACGGCAAAUUACAAAGUAUAAGUGCAAUAAGUUACGAAAGAAGAUUGUUUAUCACAAUUAAAAUUAAUUGUUACACCCUUUGUUGUGUUUGUAUUGUGUGUAUGUUACAUGGGGUUUUAAUUUGAGUUGAUUAUUAUUAUUAUUGAGGUACUUAGUUUCUUUAAUUAGUAGGUCUCGAGGAUUAAUUGGCAGAUUUGCGUUUGAAAAGCUGUUAAAAAAUAUAAUUAUGACAUUUUUUACAGCGGACCAAAGAAUUGAAUUUUGAAACACUAUAUUUUUCGAUGGGUGACAUUUUAUAAAAUAAAAACGUAAAUCUGCUGGAUAUCUUGUGAAAUUGAUUCUUUGUUUUUUUUUAAUUAAUUUGCUGACUGUUAAUGGAAUACUUUUUUAAUAAAAUGAGAUGAAUUUUUCACUGAACGUGAGUAAUGGUGUUAUUGUUUGGGUAAGUAAUUCAAGAUAAAUAAAAUUUUUUUUGAUGGAAAUGUAAAUAAGCUUACAGAAAAAUUAUUCGACAAUAAUAUUUAAAAUAAAACUCUUUUUUAAAAAGUAAAUUUUUCUGGAGGUGAAACAUUUUUAAACAGUUUUUAUCUUAAAAGCUCUGGUAUUAAAAGCGAGGACUUAGCAUCACCGUACAAAAUGACGCUGAAUUAUUAAAACGUGAUAUUUAGACGCAAGUAAGCUUUUAGUAAAUAACGCUCGAGAACGUGUUUAAAGGGCAACUAAUUUCUGUUCAUAAAAUACGAAUUUUGCCUAUGUAUAACUUUAACUUAUAAUGGUAGCUUUUGCUUUUUUUUUCCUUUUUAAGGUUAUUUAGGUUAAAACUUUCCAAAAUACGUAAAAUAAUUUAUUUUGUAAAAUAGGCAGGGGAAUUUAUUUUGGAAAUGAGAGGAUUUAUUAUUUAGAGUUUUAGUAUAUAGGUGGUUUGAUCGUUAUUAACACUAAUAUGGUUUACAAUGUAUGAUCUAUACAGUGUCUUUAAAAUGGUAAGUUAAUGACAGGAAAUGUUCGACAAAACAAAUCAAGUUAAUGUUGCUUUAAAAAUUUACAAAAAAACAAUUACACUUAAACUUUAUAUUUACAAUUAAACUUUAUAUGCUCAUAAAAAUUUAAAGCCAUUAAAAUUGCCAUUAAUUUUGCUACGCUUUUGUGGGAUGAAGGUGGGGGGGGGGGGAGGGGAAAGGUAUUAAUCUGUUGUUAUAAGCGUGAGUGACCUAUCAGUAUCAAAUAUUUUUCUAUUUUUAAAAAAACCUAUAUACUUCCAAAAUAAGUUUAUUAAAAAGAAUAUCCAAAUUCUGGUAUCUCUGAAAGCUGACGUGCAAUAUUCUAUUUAACAGAAUUCUCAGAAGUAGUAGAAAAACUAUUUGAAUCUGUGUGCAAUUAUCCACAAUAGAGUAAACCAUAUUUUAGAUGACAUAAUACAGUGUUAAUAAAGUUGUUUCCCUACUAGAAGUACAAGAAUGACUGUUCUAAUUACACUGACUAUUCUAAAUUAAAAUGUAUGAGCUUUAGUAAUCCUCUUCUCACAUGGUUGCACAGUUUUGUAUCUAAUAAGUUAGAGUGUAUAAGGGCCAAUACCUUCUUGUCAUGAGAUAGAGGUAAUUUCUGGGAUACCACAAGGCUCUCACUGUGGUGUUUUGUUCUUCUUACUAUUUACCAAUGACACCAGCUGUAUCACUGACUAAAUUACAUUUCGUUAACCACGGUUAUGAGUAUGCCUUUAUAGUGUGGUCUCUUACUUACCUUUUUAUGCUGCAAUGAUUCCAUAGGUAUAUUCAAUAAGCAUGGAUAUACCUUUUGCAAAAAUUAUCAAACAAAAUUAUCGCACCACUGAUUAUUUUGUCAAGAAAAUUUAAAUAAAAAUAAAUGUUAGUUGAAACAGUUGUAUAUCUUUUCUCAUACAAAAAGCAGAACUGGACAGAAACUAUGUUUAUGCUCUAUCAUGGAAGAUGCUGCUCGUGAGGAGUGGAAAAACAUUUCGCAGAAAAGUUUUCAAAAUUUGAGACGAGGAAUGCCACUAAGACUUCAAGCGGUUAUUGCAGCUAGAGGUAGCAAUAUACGAUAUUAAGACUUCAUUAUGGUUCUAUUGUUUUAUUUUUGUAUCAAAUUUGUAAAAAUCGAUGUUUUUUCCUUGUAUUGAAUUUAGUUACUUAAAUCUCGUUUUGUUAAACAAAAUAUAAUUUUUAUUGUUAUAAAUAAUGCAUAGUUAAUAGUGCUUAUUACUAAUUUUUUAAUCUUUAUUAAAUAAAAAUGAAGUGGUGCGAUAAUUUUUUCCAGGAGUUUAUAUAUAUAUAUACAGAGAAGUCAUAAUAAGAUUGGCAGUCAAGUAGACCCCUAGAGUAACUGGAUUAAUUAUUAAUAUAAUUUUUUAGUUUCGAUCUUGUUGGAUAUAAUUAAUUUACUGUUGUUUAUUUUGUUGUAAAAUUGGAGAUUUCUGUUAAAAAUCAUUAGAUAAAUAAACAUCAAGUGUCCAUAUGCUUAGUUUCCAUAUCCAUAGUUUUCCAGAAUUUGUUUAAUUGCAAACUGCUCUUUUCUGGCCAAGUAAUGACUUUAUUUCGACUGGACUCAAAUUUUUCAUUUAGAUCAUAUGGUGUCAUGGCAGAUUAUUUUAGUUUCAUUAUUUCACACUUUUACAAAAUGUUGUCUAUUUGUAAAAUAUGACUGUAAUAGCUAACAAGAAUUUUCUCUAACCGUAUGUUUUCAGCUUAUUUAAAAGAAUUUUAUGGUUCACAGAUUCGAUAGCCUUUAAAAAAUCUUUCGAAAGGCGACAUACUAGGAAGGCCACUACAUAGGAAGAGGUCUAGUUUUGCAUGAUUUGAGUAGGGUAUUAUUUAUAGCAUUUACGCAAAAAGAGCCUGUUUUCUUACUUAAGUAAUAGUUAAGUUAAAGUUACUCAAGUAAUAUUGCUAUUGCUUAUUCAUUCAGCUAGGUCAAGAAGAAGGUAGUAGCAUUAUUAAAGAUCAUCUUCCUAUCAAUAUAUUCCUGGUCAUUAUUGUCUGAAUUAUUGUGAUGUAAGGCGAAAAUGCCUAGGCUUGACAUUUUUAUUCCUUGUGCAGCACUAACCUCAACAACCAUAGUUCAACUAUUAUUUUUAUCCUUAAGGCUUUUUAUAACACUGCGUUUUUUUUUUGUAUUGGAAGACUUAUAAUAAUGUUGAAUUCAAAUUGGUUAUAGUAUCUGCUAAUAGACUUUUACUUUAUACCUUGGAAAUCUCACUACACAAUAUAGCUCUUUCAAAGAGAUGUGGUGAGUUUAAUGAUCGUUUUUAGCAAAAUACUACCUUUGUAUAUGCAUUGAUCAAAAUCAUGAUUGGACACAAGCACUUUGUCAAUCUGCAGUAAAGUUUAUUCUGCAUAGUACAAUGGUAAUUCUCUAGAAAUCACUAAAUUUAAAAAGAUUGGAAUAAUAUCUAUUCUAUAGUUAAUUAUAGUAUUAUAUUUUGAGGAGGAAGGCUGUUGAUGAGCCUUUAUAGUCUAAAAAAGAGCUAUCAAAAUCAAGGUUAGGUCAAAAAAAAGCUUCAAAAAUAUUAACACUUGAGCCUUUAUUAAAUCACCAACACCAGCUUUUUUCGUUUUAACAUUAAUCUUCAUUUGGUAUUGUUUUCUAAAGAUCUCCUGUUAAAUUGUUCAGUAUUACUGGUGGGAUAGGCCGUAUAUAUUUCUCAAGCCUAUCAAAAAAUAGACCAAAUUGAUGAAAUAUCAUAAUCAUAUGUUUUUAAUUGAAAUCCUUACCCAAACAUACACCGUCUACAUUUUUAGAUAAAGGCAUCGUGCGCAUAUUCCAGAGUUGCCAAACAUAUAUAAAUUAUAGUAUGUAGAAAAAAAAUGCACAGUUGUCAUAUCUAAAAAUACCGCCCCUCAGUUCAAAAUUCUAUUUUUAUCCGAUUUUGCUAGAGCGACCUUGUAGGAAUUUAUAUCAAAUGUAGUGACAUAUCGUAAAUUACUGCAUAUUCUAGAACGUUAUUAAAAAAGUUAAAAUGUUGCAACGAGCUACUUUUAGUGUCUAGUGUGAUAAAAUGUAUUUCAGUUGUAUUCUUUUUAUUUUGUGCUGGCAAGUAGUUUAUUAAGACUUUUUACGGCUUCUUUUUAAAUUCAUUUUCAACGAAUAAAAUCUUUUGUGCAAUGUUAAAAAUCAUAAUUUCAAGUACAUAUUCUGUAAGAUAUAUAACUGAAGUCAAUAUAUUAUUAACUAUGUAUGAAGUAUUUCAAGAAAUGAAACUUUUUAGCAAAUAUUAUGAACCCAUUACAUAUUUUUAGGUACAUAUCAAAUCGAUUCGUAUUUUUUAAGCAAUUUUUUUCAGGGCUUUAUAUUAAAAAUAUUGCUACAUUAGAAUAAUUGUAAUAGGUAGUAUACCAACAACGGUAUUCCUUCAUAACUUUUAAAUCAUAUCCCAACUUUUAAACAUUUUUUUCUACCAUAUUAAAAAUUUACAUUUAAAAUGCUUAAGCUUAAGAAACCAGUUUCGUCCUUAGGGUAUAUAUUAUAAAUAUACGUGUAUAGAGAAAUUUCAUAAUAUUCCAAAUAAUUUUUAGUUUUCUACAUAUCGUCUUCCCCACUAAACUGUGAGCCUGCGUAACGGCCUCUUAUUUAUUUAUGCAACGCCCUCUAAGUUAUACAGUGUAUCCUGCUAAAAACUAAUUCUAGAUAAAGUUAUUUUUCAAUGCGUUGAGCUCUAACACACACUGUAUAAAAAUUGAUAAGUUUCAAUAUGAUUUCAAGGGACCACGCUUACGAGGGUAAUUUAAGUUCGGGGUGUUGUUCACUUUUCAGCAACGUAUAUUAUUAUGGCCUAAGCAACUUUAUUUUGCAAUGUUUUCAAAAAUCAAAAAAGCUCUAGUUACACGUGUUAUUCAUAAAUAAUUAUAAUAGAUAUAAUAUCGCCAUUAUAGUUCAAUUUAGCAAUUUGGGUAAAAUUAAAUAAUUACUUGUCUAUAGCGUCCACCUCCCCGUAUUUAAAAAAAUAACUUUACUGAAAAAUCAAUGGUGAUUUGAGCCAUUUAUUUUACAUCUUCAUAUAUUAAAAGUGCUUGGAAAAGUGUGACGUCGUUAAAAAGCGCAAAAGCGAUUGAUAGCAAUUUUGAAUUUACAGAUUGAUUUAAGGGAAUAUAUAUCAGAAUCAAUAUUAUAUAUGAGGUCAAUAUGAAUAACAAAAACAAACCAAACAUAAGAGGCAUUUUUUUUAUGAAUCAUAGGCGUGGGAAGUUCUAUUAUAGAAGAAAGUAAAAGUGCAUUUAUGCUUAUACUCACUAAUUGUCAAUCUUUGGUUAAUAAAUUUAACAAAGUACUUGGAGGUUUUAUCAUAUUUAUUUAGUUUUAAUAUGAAGAAUAGGUAUAAAUAACUAAUCCAGAGUAGGCCAAUGGUAAUUUAAUUUAAACUGUUCACAGAAAAUACAACUCAAUUAGAACUGUUGUUCAAAAAUAGACAUGACAAUUUUCUUAGAACUUUUAAGUUAUAUGCUUUAAAUACUCCAGGUUACUUAAACAGUGCUAAGCUAUGAGUCUACGGGAUGGUUCUUCUGGAACCGAAUCGAUGGAUUAUCGAAAAACUUUAAAGAAGAAAAGUUGGCAACAUGACAGAGAUUUUCAUUAUUAAAUUUGGGUUUUAUUUCUUACCGAAGAAAAUCGACAUUAUUGGAGAAAAAAGAGUCAAUAAAUAAUGAACUUUUGUAAUUUUGUAUUUCUUUGUUUUCUCUUACCCUAGAGAAAUCAAAUAUAUGGUCGGACCGUUGCGAAUAAAAUAAAUUUACACCGAUGUUAUUUAUUUUUUAUUAUAAGGAAUAAUUUUUUAUUAUACAUAUGAAGCGCCCCAGCAAUCCGAAAAUAAAUAAGAAACGGCUUUAAAUACUAAAAGAAGAACAUAAAAAUGGCUUGAAAGCCUGGACCUGAAAUAAUUUAGGUUUAAUUUUUUAACCUCCUGAAUUGAGAUUAAGAGAUAUUGCUUGUCUCAAAAGCCUAGUAUAUAAGCCGUGACUACCAAGAAGAAAUAUAAAUAUGACUUCACAUAACUAAAAUUUAUAGUAAGUAACUUCUACUUCUUAGAAAGAGUAAAAAAAUUACUAGAGAAUAGAAAUGACUUCAUCCCAAAAAAUAUGAAUAUAACUGCCCUGAAGAAAUGCAUAUAUCUUUAACGACCUGGAAGAAAUCCAAAAUUAUGCCAAAUGAAAUUACUCGAGCUGUCUCUAAGAGAUAUAAACCCCUACUUCAACUACCUGGAAAUAGUGAAGGAAGGAACAUAUAGUUACAUAACAAUAAUUAUGUAUAAGUACGUAUACAUAAUAAUAAGAUGAAGUACCUUGAAGGAAUCAGAAAUUACUUAAAAAUGUUAAGAGCUUAGAAAAAGGAAUUAUAAAUUUAAUUGCCUAAAAAAGAUUCGUUGUUGGACACUAAUUAACUGUACAAAAAUAAUGUUUCAUAUUUAAAGUAACUAAACAAAUCCACCUUCUAGUUUAUAUGAAGUAAUGUGGUGCAGAAAAAACGAAACAUCGUUUAAAAAAAAAUUGACUCUAUAUUUCAAUUUUAGUAAUUACACUUUAAUUCAUAUUAAGCUGGUUUAAAUAUGAAAGUACCAUAAGCAGAGUCCAUGAUGCUUGAUUUUUUAAAUUACUGAUAAAGAAAACGAAUCAUACCUUUUCCAAACACUCACACUUUUAAUCUACAGUCGGCAACAGAAAUCCAAAAAAAAAAUAGAAUUAAUAAUAUAUUACCAUAUAACAAUAUCCGUUCAAGCCUUUGAUGUAACCCGAGAAUCGCACUACGAUUUUUUGCGCAAAAAGUUACUGAAAUCGGAUUCGCAAAUGCUCGAAGCGGCCUCCACAUAAAAGACAAAUAGUAAAUUGUAAACGUAGUAUUAAAAGAAUUAUCUAUCCCCUAUUAUAGUUUAGUUAUUUAUUGACGAAUUUGGCGGCACUCGCGAUUCCAAAAUAGUUUAGUUGUUGAAAAAUCGAGGGAGUCGUCAAAUAUUUAGAAGUAGUUAUUGUUAGACUCUGUAUACCUAUUUGUGGUAAAUAUUUAGGUACUUACUCUGGUAUUUGGUAGUUAUUUUAUAUGUAGAAACAUAUCAAAUUAGUUUACUAGGUUUGUCUUAUGAGCACUUUGUUAUCAUAUCGUUAAGAGGAAUGUCAGUAGACGUAAUUUGCCACUUUUUACACGUGACACAUAUCAGACAAAUUAUUAACUCGGAAAAACACACAUUAAUUCACCAAAUACCAGACCCAAGCAGCAGCAGAUUCCUGUAUGUCGUUUAUUUUAUGUAGUGUUUCCUCUAUCUCUCUUUAAAGGAAAGAAUAACUAAGCAUCUGUGUCGUAUAUUAAUAUUAAUUAUGAUUAAUUAUAAUAUAUUAAAAAAUAAAAAGAAAACAUUA